AGGGUGUCUGGGACCCCAAAAUCAUGUCCUCUCGAGAACAAUGGCAUGUCCAGUCUUCUUUUAUCUGUAGUCACAGGCUACCGUCAUAAUCCACGUUUCCUUUAAUAACAUGAGUUUUAUAGCAAAUUUAAAAAUGCAGUUGGUUAUACUCUUUUAUUUCUUAUUCUUUUGUACAAUACAUCUUAAAGCAGACAAAAGGAUAAACAAAUAUGUGACUACAGUAAUAGAUGCAAAGUGGCAAGAAACACCCUUGAUUCUUGAAGCAGCAGAGUAUCUAAACGAUGAAAAUCCAAGUUAUUUUUGGAAAUUUGUAGAUACUUUUGCAGAUCAAGAUUUAAGAAAUGCUACAGAGAAGGAGAAUUAUAACAUCAUUAUUGAAUUUGCUGAAAAGUAUUUAUCUCCUUCAGAAAUAGCAUUACUCAAAUUAGGAUUAUCUUUACGAAUUUAUUCAGCACGGGUUGAAAUGUUCACCCAAAUGGCAGAAAAUAAAAAUGUUUCUGUUUUUGACUGCUACAAUGUGGUGAACAUUGGUGGAAUAUUUACCUGUUCCUUAGAAGAAUUAGAAGAAUUAGUCAAUCAGGAAACUUGGGAGAAUCCUGAUACAUACAGUGUAGAUCAUUGUUAUCAUACAUCUCAGCAAUCUGAAAAAGUUAUUAUAUUAUAUGGUCAAGUGGGAACACCACAAUUUUCACACUUUCACAACACAUUAAAAAAUCUUGCAGAAACUAGUGGAAUUACUUAUAUUUUACGACAUUAUUUAAAGAACAGAGCAGAGAAGAAUGUACGUCUAUCAGGAUAUGGUGUAGAGUUGCAAAUGAAAUCUACAGAGUACAAAGCAACAGAUGACUCAGAUAUUAAAGAUAACGGCGGCAAAGACUCGGAAACAGCAAAUGAUAAUGUAGAAGAAAUAGAUGGAAUUAAUUUUAUGACUUUAAAAAAUUUAUAUCCUGAUAAGCAAGCAGAGUUAGAUAAAUUACAGACUCAUUUACUUGAAAGUAGUCACGAAAUUGGUGCAUUGAAAGUAUGGCAGUUUCAAGAAUUAAGUCAUCAGGCAGCUGAGAGAAUAAUGAAUUCUCCCACAAACGAGGCUAUUAACGUUUUAACAGAUAUUUCUCAGAAUUUCCCGAUGCAAGCAAAGUCUCUAAUUAGAACAAAAGUAAACAGUGAAAUGAAGAAAGAAAUGAAACUCAAUCAAGCAAUAUUUUCCACAAGUUUAAACAUACAACCCACGGACACUGCACUCUUUAUUAACGGGCUGUUUUUCGAUUUGGAAGCCGUAGACGUACUUAGUUUAUUGGAGUCGUUAAGAAGCGAAUUAAGAGUAAUGGAAUCCCUUCGUAAAAUCGGAUUUAGUAAUAAAAAGAUGAGUAAGCUAUUAGCUUUGGAUUUAUCCACUAACAUGGAUAAACAAGAUUUCGCAAUGGACAUAAGAGAUUCGGCUAUUAUUUGGGUGAACGAUAUCGAACAAGAUUCAGCUUAUUCAAGAUGGUCACCAUCAUUAACAGAAUUAUUGAGACCAACUUUCCCUGGAAUGCUUAGAAAUAUUAGGAGAAAUUUGUACAAUUUGGUACUUAUCGUGGAUCCUUUAAGUAGAGAAUCCACGCCGCUGAUCACUUUAGCACAAUCCUUAUACUUACAUUCCGCACCGUUACGAGUAGGUUUCGUUUUCGUAACGAAUUAUGAUACUUCAAUAACAGGUCUAACGGAUGCUAGUGUUGCAGCUAAUAAUGCGUACCAUUAUUUUGCGGAAACCAAAGGGUCGGAACAUGCAUUACAGUUUUUAAUAGACCUAGGAAAUUAUAUCAGACCGGAUGGAGUUACCGUAGAGGAUGUAAAGAAAGCUAUAAAAGCGCAGGAUUCAUCAGCUAAUAUAAACUAUAUUCUCGGGGAAGAAUCUGAAUACGACGUGGGACGGCAUUUAGCUAACGAUUUUGUGAAACGCUCCGGUUUUAAGAAGUUCCCUCAGGUUCUAUUAAACGGUAUACCCCUGUCUUCUGAUGUAUUGAAUGCUGAUUCUUUUGAGGAAGCUGUUCUAUCUACUAUUAUGUCACAAACACCUUCGCUACAGAAAGCGGUAUAUCGAGGCGAAAUAUCGGAAGCGGAUGAUGUAGUUGAUUAUAUUAUGAACCAACCGAACGUUAUGCCACGCUUAAACGAAAGGAUAUUAAAGCCAGAGAAACAUACAUGGUUGAAUUUAAUUGGUACUUUACCGAACGAUGAUGAUUAUACCAAAUGGAGCCCUCAAGAUCUAUCAACGUGGUUCAUGAACAGAAUGCGUUAUGUGUUCGUACCGCGUCGUACGAAUGUACAUCAUUUAUAUACCUUCUGGAUUGCUGCAGAUUUAAAUGAUUCAGAGGGCAGACAAUUAUUACGCGAGGCUCUUGAGUACAUAGAGUCAAAUGCAGAUGUCAGGAUUGGCGUAAUAAUUAAUCCGAGCAGUGAUACAGAUAAUGUUGAUAGCACGAUGGAUAUCAAUAAAAUAGUUUCAGCUGCGAUAAACGUUCUUCCCGUGGAAAAGGCGAUGCAUUUUGUUCGUAAUAUAAUCAAAGAGGAUAUUGUUACCGAUAUUGUUAAUGGCAAAUUUGAUAUGCAGGAAGAGGCUGUGAAAGAACAGUUGGAGAAACAAAGCGGGGAAUUGUCUAAACAUCGGUAUUAUGUUAAAACGGUAUUAAAAUUAUCAAAGGGAGCCAGGGCAAUCGUGUGCAACGGACGAUUAAUUGGCCCUUUAGAUAAAAACGAGGAAUUUACAAGCGAGGACUUUUCAUUGUUGGAAAGAUUCAGCCAUAGCACUUACGGCGAUAAAUUAUUCAAAAAGUUAAUAAAAGGACAAUUAUUAGAAGACGAUGAAUAUGAGAAAAGUGAGAUCACAGACGACAUGAUAAUGAAAAUUACCUCGUUAUUAGUGUCGCAUCCCCAAACCCGAAGUAGAUUCGAUGUUCCUUUCCACGGUGACGAAUACAGUGCCAUAAAAAUCCCAGCAACAAAUCCCGACGAAGUGGCAUUCAGCUUAAUCGCCAUUGUAGAUCCUGUAUCGCGCGGUGCCCAAAAAUUGGGCCCAAUUUUGAAAACGUUACAACAGUCCUUGAAUUGCGACAUCAAAGUAUUUUUAAAUUGUUUAGACAAGAACAGCGACAUGCCAUUGAAAAGCUUCUAUCGGUUCGUAUUUGAACCUCAAUUACAAUUCUCCUCCGAUGGUCAUAUUAAUGGAGCCAUAGCUAAGUUUACGAAACUGCCUACAUCCUCUCUUUUAACACAAUAUAUUCACGCACCAGAAAAUUGGUUGGUAGAAGUAGUUCGAAGCGUUUACGAUUUAGAUAACAUUAAACUCGACAAUGUAGCGAUGGGAGUACACAGUGAAUUCGAAUUAGAGCAUCUACUACUCGAGGGUCAUUGUUUCGAAGCAGUGAUGGUAAAUCCACCGCGGGGAUUGCAAAUCACAUUGGGAACAGAGAAACGACCUAUAAUGGUAGACACUAUAGUGAUGGCAAACUUGGGAUACUUUCAAUUGAAAGCGAAUCCAGGCGAAUGGAUUUUACGCUUACGUCAGGGUAGAUCGGCAGAAAUAUACGAUUUUACUACCGUCGGUGGACAAGAUGUUAUACAAAAAGGCAACGAAGUGAAGGUCGUUAUAAGUUCUCUAAGGAGUCACGUGUUGAAAAUCAAAGUAUCCAAGAAGCCGGACAAAGUAGGAAUGGAUCUUCUGUCCGAAGAUGAUAAAAAUUCUGGCUUAUGGAACUCUAUUUCUAGGACAUUUACAACGGCGGACGAUAGCGAGGAUCAAGACGAGAAGUUGAACAUCUUUUCCCUAGCCUCUGGUCAUUUGUACGAAAGGUUUCUAAAAAUUAUGAUGUUAAGCGUGAUAAAGCAUACGAAAAGUCCUGUGAAAUUUUGGUUUCUAAAAAAUUACCUUUCGCCAACGUUAAAAGACUUUUUGCCGCAGAUGGCAAAGGAAUAUGGUUUCGAAUACGAACUCGUACAAUAUAAAUGGCCUCGUUGGCUUCAUCAACAAACCGAGAAACAGAGAACCAUAUGGGGUUAUAAAAUAUUAUUCUUGGAUGUACUGUUUCCGUUAAACGUUAAGAAAAUAAUAUUCGUCGACGCGGAUCAGGUCGUGAGAGCAGAUUUGAAGGAAUUAGCAACCAUGGAUCUCGGCGGUGCGCCGUACGCGUACACUCCAUUUUGCGACAGCAGAAAGGAAAUGGAUGGAUUCAGAUUUUGGAAGCAAGGAUACUGGCGAAAUCAUUUACAAGGACGCGCAUAUCACAUCAGUGCACUGUACGUGGUGGAUUUGAAGCGUUUCCGGCGCAUCGCUGCCGGGGAUAGAUUAAGAGGACAAUAUCAAGCACUGAGCCAGGAUCCUAACAGCUUAGCCAAUUUAGAUCAAGAUCUCCCUAAUAACAUGAUACAUCAAGUGGCCGUUAAGACACUGCCGCAAGAAUGGUUGUGGUGCGAAACUUGGUGCGAUGACGCAUCGAAAAAGUACGCUAAAACCAUAGAUUUGUGUAACAAUCCUAUGACUAAAGAAGCUAAAUUACAAGCUGCUGUGCGCAUUUUACCAGAAUGGGUCGGAUACGAUGAAGAAAUAAAAGCGUUGCAAUUGAAGAUAGAGAACGAAAAUAGACAAACGGAAAAGGAAGCGAAUGAAACAUUCGAAUCCACCGAGGAUUCUUCGAAACACGAAGAAUUAUAAGAAAGAAGAAAUAAUGGUACAAAGUGCAAGAAGUCACAAACUGGAACUAAGAGAAAGAACACAGUGUUGGCUAAACUUGAAGACUGUAAAACAAAGUUUCACGCAUCACCGCUCCAAGCAACCUUUUAUGCAACAGCUCGACGAAUAGAAAACAUACGCCAGGAAAGAGUUAAAUGUUAUGUGAAUAAGUGCGAAACGGAACUACACUCGUACAGUUUAAUCAUACGAAAACGUACGUUCUCGUCACGGUGUAUCGCGAUUAACCGUACAGAUGGAAUUAUCUUUGCACUGUUAAACACAAUGGUGAUUUUGUAUUUGUCUACUUUAUGGUUACCGUAAGAAAUAAACUUGUAAUGUUUGUAAACUA